AUGGCUGAAGCACCCAGCUUUAACCGGCCUGUUCCCCCUGCAACAAGGAAGAAGUUUGCCGUCCCGCCGGUGAAGAUUGCGUGCUUAUCAUGCAGAGCAUCACGCACAAGGUGCAAUGGCGAGAAUCCUUGUCAAAGUUGUGCGAGCAGAGACCGCCCUUGCGUCUACAAGCCUAGUCGGCGAGGGGGGCCACGUACUCGUAAGAAGCCUCGUCCUACAGUCGAGGAGGACCAUUAUCAAACGUCAGCCACGUCCCAGGACCCAAUCGCGGGAGUGCCGCCAAACCCCAUGUCCGUGGCCAACUAUAUAGAUCCUGGUGCUGGUCUAAAGAAUUUGAUGGACCCCCAGCAAAAUGACAGCGACCUCCUCUUUGACAGCUUAUUCAUUAAUGGAACCUCGAUGGCAACGGAGCCCCAAGUUAUCCAGCAGCCUCAGCCGAUGGUGAGGACGUAUACGAGUGAUAAUUCAAUCCUCAAUGCAUACUAUAUCUUCAUCCAUCCUUACUUUCCCAUCCUACCGCCGCCUCGCACCCCGCUCGUACCCGAUGAGCUGGUCCCCUUGUAUCAAAACAUACCACGCGACGUCGACGAGCCCUCGUCUCCUGUUGCACUGGCCAUCGCGGCCAUUCUCGCCCUCAUCCCGUGCCCACAGGACUCUAAUUUUUUGAUUGAGGAGUCGGUUUUGUUCCGGCGAAAGUAUGCCCAGUUCCUCGCCCAGUCGGCGUUCGAAAGCAUUGAGGUGGAAUCUGAGAAGCCCGAAUCGGCCCUCGAGCCGCGGAAGGCACUUGACGAUUCGGACGACGACUUGACGCGAGAUCCAUUCCAUGCAGACGUUCCGGUAGAACUCGAGAGUGUGAUUGCGCUUGAUCUGCUAAGCGUAUACGAAUAUUCCCAAAGGGGAAACCUAAAGAAGAUGAGAAGUCGAGCCAGUGCCGCCUUGAUGACGGCCAUGAAUAUGUCAUUGCAUCUCCACACAGACGAGGAAGACAGGUUCUCGGAAGCGAGGCGGCGUACUUGGUGGAUGACGUACAUUUGCAUCUGCCAAAGUAGCAUAGUCAGCAACGUGCAUCCCACCUUUGAAGUGUUCGCAUCAAGUUUCACAGCCAAAGUCCCCACGAUCAGAACGGAUCCCGAGGCUUGGCCAAUCUUCAUCAAGUCACAGCAGGCGAUCCUCACGGCAACACAGUUUGUAAUUGAGUUGAACAAGGCGAUGAAGUCCGGAGCAGAUAUGAAGCCUAUAUAUCAGCGCAUGACGGAACUCGAGGUAAUACUUGAGCCUCUCGUCAACAAUGCCGAAACGUGGGUUCGGGACUGCCCUUUGGCUCAACCGGUGGACAGUUACGAAACAGUUGUGGCUCAUGCGUUGAGGUGUAUAGCAAAGAUCAAGGUUAAUAGCGCACGGAUCAAAGUCCAUCGCUAUUGUGCAUUCUUCGACUUGCCGGUGUUUUCGACUAAACACUGUGAUCUUAAGCCAAUGUCGGGCAAGGAAAAAGACUUGCCAGAUCUUCGGCUCUGGACAGCUUGCCAUGGGACAUGUGGUAACUCACCCACAAGUUCAACAGGUCAACCUGGGAAGUCCACUUCGCCAACUUUGUCGAUGCGUUCAACCCCAGCCUCAGACGGCCAUCAGCCUCCAGUGGCCCAGACGCCGAUUUUCCCCUUCAGCUCUCACCAGUCUACCAAGAUAUGCUUCAAAUCGGCUCUCAACAUUGCCGAGGCUUUUGACGCUUUGCCCUACCCGAACACCUCUGCGCAAAUGUGUGAGCCACCUUGCUACCUCGGAAUCGGAUCCAACAUCAUCGCGCCAAGGACCAUGCCGUCCUUUGCUUGUUGCGCAAUGCAGUGCGCCUACGUCCUACUCAGUGUGUAUGAGAAGACCCAGGCCAUGUACCCGGCCUGGAAUGGGGAUGCAGAAAUACUGAUAAAAAAUCUCCUCGGACGCCUACAACAAGGACUACUCUCAAUCCUGGCUACCUUGGAGAACUAUGCAACAUCUUUCGAAGCGUUAGGUGGGAUGAGAGACCAAAUUCGAGACAAGGUCUACUCCUCCUUGGUUUUCGAUACAUGA